AUGGAGCAAUCCUUAGAAUGGGCCAACCUGUCUGGAGUCCAGGAGUUCGUCCUGCUGGGACUUUCCUCUGACCAAGGCCCACGGGAUGCCCUGUUUGUGGUCUUCCUGGUGCUCUACCUGCUAACGCUCCUGGAGAAUCUGCUCAUCAUCUACCUCACCCACAGACACAGCGAGCUCCACAAGCCCAUGUACUUCUUCCUGGGCAACCUCAGCUGUCUGGAGAUGAGCUAUGUAUCUGUGACCAUGCCCAGCCUGCUCGCGGGGCUGUGGGCGGGACCCUGCCACAUCCCCUUCACUGCAUGUAUGACCCAACUCUUCUUCUUCAUCUCCCUCAUCAGCACCAAGUGCUCCCUGCUGGCCUGCAUGGCCUAUGACCGCUAUGUGGCUAUCUGCCUUCCACUGCACUACCCACUGCUUAUGCGACCCCAGGUCUGCCUGGGCCUAGCCCUUUCCUCGUGGCUCGGUGGGCUGCUAGUGUCGGUGAUCAAAACAUCAUGCAUUGCCAGCCUGUCCUACUGUGGCCCCAAUGUCCUCAACCACUUCUUCUGUGACGUGUCCCCUCUGCUCAACCUGUCCUGCAUCCAUGUGACUCUCAUAGAGCUGGUGGACUUCAUCUCAGCCAUUAUCAUCUUCUGUGGGUCCCUGCUUGUGACCAUCGCUUCCUAUGUGGCCAUCGGCAGGGCCGUGCUCCGCAUGACGUCGGCUGCUGCCCGGCACAAAGCCCUGUCCACCUGCGCGUCCCACCUCAUUGUGGUGGGCGUCUUCUAUUCCGUGGUCCUCUUCAUGUACUCCUGGCCCAGCCACCCCAACCCCACAGAUCUCAUCAAGGUGCUUUCGGUCAUCUACACAGUGGUCACACCCAGUUGCAGCCCCAUCAUCUACUGUCUGCGCAACCAGCAGGUGCGGGCAGCUCUUCGGAACACCUGCACCCCGUGCCCAGUGUCGGUGACCAGGGCUGAUGCCUCCCACCUCUUUCAUGUCCACAAACAGAUCCACGCACUUCAGGAGCCAGUAGAAGUCCAGAGGAAAUCUCAGCCAUGCCUUGUAUGA